GUCUGGGACAAAAGUGAAAACGGGGAUUGGCAUUGCACUGCCAGCUGGAAGACACAUAGUGGAUCUGUGUGGCGUGUGACGUGGGCCCAUCCGGAAUUUGGGCAGGUCCUGGCUUCCUGCUCGUUUGAUAGAACGGCGGCUGUAUGGGAAGAAAUAGUGGGAGAGUCAAAUGAUAAACUCCGAGGCCAGAGCCACUGGGUAAAGAGGACCACUCUAGUAGACAGUAGGACAUCGGUUACAGAUGUGAAGUUUGCUCCCAAGCAUAUGGGUCUUAUGUUAGCAACCUGUUCAGCAGAUGGAGUUGUAAGGAUUUAUGAAGCUCCAGAUGUGAUGAAUCUCAGUCAGUGGUCACUGCAGCAUGAAAUCUCCUGUAAGCUAAGCUGCAGUUGUAUUUCUUGGAAUCCUUCAAGCUCUCGAGCACAUUCUCCAAUGAUAGCUGUAGGAAGUGAUGACAACAGUCCAAAUAUAUUGGCUAAGGUUCAAAUUUAUGAAUAUAAUGAAAAUACCAGGAAAUACGCAAAAGCAGAGGCUCUGAUGACAGUCACAGAUCCUGUACAUGAUAUUGCAUUUGCUCCAAAUCUGGGAAGAUCCUUCCACAUCUUAGCUGUAGCAACCAAAGAUGUACGAAUUUUCACACUAAAACCUCUAAGGAAAGAAUUGACUUCAUCUGGAGGACUAACAAAAUUUGAAAUUCAUAUUGUGGCACAGUUUGAUAACCACAACUCCCAGGUGUGGCGAGUGAGCUGGAAUAUUACAGGCACAGUGCUUGCCUCCUCUGGCGAUGAUGGCUGUGUCAGGCUCUGGAAGGCUAAUUACAUGGACAACUGGAAGUGUACUGGUAUACUGAAAGGUAACGGGAGCCCAGUGAAUGGUAGUUCUCAGCAGGGAAUUUUUAAUGCCUCUCUAGGUUCAGCCAAUACAAGUCUACAGAAUUCACUAAAUGGAUCAUCUGCCAGCAGGUAUUUCUUUCCCCCUCUGGAUUCCCCACGGGCUGGAUCGAGAUGGUCCAGUCAUGCCCAGCUCCUUCCUCCUCCUCCUCUGAUAGAGCACUCUUGCGAUGCUGACACUGCCAACCUCCAGUAUCCUCACCCUCGCAGACGAUGUGUAUCUCGGCCUCUUAAUCUGUUACCUGAGAAUGAAGGGGUUUAACGUGUUACUUUAAAUAAGCUCGGAAGGGCCUUAUUCUGGUGUUUGUGAAUGCUUCCGUUUCUGGCUGCCUUUGUAUUUCUUCUCUCCUACAGAAGAUUUUAAACAAUUUGGGAACUUCACGCAUGUUUCGCAGAAAAACCUACAACAUUUGGAACAUGUUAUUUAUGUUUGUGUAUCAAAGGAACAUUUUGAUCUGUACCCUUUGAACUAUGGCAACACAUACAAACGGUAUUAACCACGAGCUAUUUACAGAGUAGCUGACUUCAAUGUGCCUG